AUGGGAAAAGGGGAAGAACACGCAUCUCCCUUAACUCCAUGUAGCUCAAAUCCACAAAACUCGGACAUCCCUCAAACUGGUUUACUAAACGUUCCAAAUUACAUGCACGGUUACUUUGGACCACUGCCUGCAUGGUCACCAGCUUUCGUGCCAUAUCCAGAUGGCAACAAAGAUCCAAGCAACAUUCAGCAAAACGUUGGUUACCCAUUUCCCUAUGGGAUGCCACCUAGUUGCCCAUCUAUCACUACGAGCUCCGAACCAAGCGCAAGAACCGGUCAAGAAGAUAGUCCCGAUUGUCUGGGAACUGAAGUGCAAUGUUCUUCCGCACAAGUUGAUGAAGAAAUUAUCCUGGAUAGUCCAGAUCUACGGGAAACUGACGAUGGCAUUCCCGAUACACCACAAGCAGUGCCAUCAUCGAGUGUUGAGGAUAUCAUUCAGGAGCCAAAGUCCGGGAUGGAAUUCAAUUCUUUUGAAGAUUUGUUGACAUAUUAUAAGCAUUAUGCAAAACAGUGCAAGUUUGGGGUGAUGACACAGAGGAGUGAGAGGUUGGAGGAUCAGUGUGUCAGAUAUGUCACUCUUGGUUGUGCACGGCGAGGAAAGGCGCGGAUUAAGAGUUCCAAUGUUGCCAACCCACGUCCGACGGGAAAGACUGACUGUAAGUGUAUGGAUGGUAUAACUCCAAAGGCUAUUAUUACUGAUCAAGACAGAGCAAUGAAAAAUGUAAUUGCUAUUGUCUUUCCAGAAACUCGACAUAGAUUUUGCCUAUGGCAUAUACUCAAGAAAGUCCCUGAGAAGCUUGGGUCAUAUGCAGCCUACAAGAGUGGGCUGAAAACUCAGCUCAUGAAAUGUGUGUACGACACACAAACCAUUGAAGAGUUUGAAAAGGUAUGGGCCGAGUUUAUUAGUACAUAUGAGUUACAAGAGAAUGGUUGGUUGGAAAGUUUAUAUGCGGAACGCGAGCAUUGGGUACCUGUUUUUCUAAAAGAGCAUUUUUGGGCGGGUAUGAGUACAACACAGCGCAGUGAGAGUAUGAAUGCGUUUUUUGAUGGUUAUGUCCAUUCGAAAACAAACUUGAAGGAGUUUGUCGACCAGUUUGACAGUGCGCUGAAGAAAAAAAUUGAGAAUGAGAUUCAGGCUGAAUUCCAGUCAUUUAGUGGCACCAUUCCCUGCGUUUCUAUAUCCCCAAUUGAAAAGAAAUUUCAAUUGUUGUACACUAAAUCAAAAUUUAAGGAAGUACAACAACAAGUCAUUGGUGUGCUUGACUUGGACCCUUCUAUACUAAGAUCGGAUGGUGUAAUAAAGAGUUAUUUGGUAGAAGAUGAGAUCCGAAUUCAUGAGUAUUCAAAACAAAUUACAUAUUAUGUGGAUUUUAAUGUGAAUGACUACUCUGCGAAGUGUUCAUGUGGAUUAUUUCAGAUGAGGGGGAUAUUGUGUAGGCAUAUUUUGGCAGUGUUCAAAUGUAACAGUAUAAAAGAAUUGCUAGACCGGUACAUUUUAGACAGAUGGAGAAAUGACAUAAAGUGGAGAUACACGUUAAUUCAAAGUAGCUACGACGCAGGGGAUCAGAGGCCAAUUGGUAAUAUAUAUUUAGUUCUUUUAGAUAUGUGUUAUGGGAUGAUAGAUUAUGCGGUGGAUUCUAGUGAGCAAUUUGAAGAUGCAAAGAAGAAGAUAUAUGAGAUGACUGAAUUAUAUCGUCAGAGCCAAACCUCCUCAUCUAUGAUGCAAACAGGACCGGAACCUGGUUUGUCGACAUUGGAUAGUACUGCAGGUGGUAGUUCACAAGUUAAGAGUCCAAAGAUUGUCAGGGGGAAAGGAAGACCUCCAUCCCUGAGGAGAGCCUCCAGAAUGGAGACGGAAACUCGCAAGGUUAAAGCCAAACAGAAGAAACCACAACAAGGGGGAAAACGGAAAGAGCGAGAUGAAGGACAUAAAGGAGCCAUGGGCACGAGGAGGAAUCUCUUUGAUGAAGGAGAUACAACAGUCGAGCGCAUUGAAAUUAAUUUUUUUGGGCCAUCAAAGGUAGAUAUCACCAAUCCUGGUGAAGUAGAGGUAUGA